AUGGGGCGGGGCCUGGCACAAUGUACUUUGGUGGGGUUGGGGUCUCGGCCUGAGCCCAAUGGGGCCAAGGCCAUCCACGGCUUCCGGGAGAGCGAGAAGUCGCGCUGGUCGGAGGCGAGCCGGGCCAUCCUGCAGCGCGUGCGGGAGGCCGCCUUUGACCCGGGGCAGGCCCUGCUCCCCCGGGGGCACGUGCUGGACCUGGAGCCGCGGGGCUACAUCAAGCCGCACGUGGACAGCGUCAAGUUCUGCGGAGCCACCAUCGCUGGCCUGUCCCUGCUGUCUCCCAGCGUCAUGCGGCUGGUGCACACUCAGGAGCCGGCAGACUGGCUGGAGCUCUUGCUGGAGCCGGGCUCCCUCUACAUCCUUAGGGGCUCGGCCUGGUAUGACUUCUCUCACGAGAUCCUUCGGGAUGAAGACUCCUUUUUUGGGGAGCGCCGGAUUCCCAGGGGCCGGCGCAUCUCGGUGAUCUGCCGCUCCCCGCCUGAGGAGACGGGGCCAGGGGAGCCUGGACAGCCCCCCGCAGCCUGCUGACCCCUCCCCCCACCUGUCACGGACACUGUGUGCCAAUAAAAUU